AUGGUUUUGAGAAAGUGUACCAUCUGUGACCGUCGGUUCAAGAAGACAGAGCAUUUCAAACGUCACGAGCGGUCGCAUACAAAUGAGCGGCCCUACGAGUGCAAUGUCUGUCAUAAACGGUUUUCCCGAAGUGAUGUCCUGAGUCGCCAUGCUAAGGGCCAUAAUAACCAAACUCCUACCGCGACCAACGGGACUUCGAAGAAUAAACAGCCAUCCGUAUCAUCCGAUCAAGAUCACAUUCGACGACCCUCGACGCUCCCCGGCGAUACCCCAGCUGCUCUCGAUGAUGGCCAACGUCUACUUCCCAGUAUAGGCAUGGAAAAUGUCCAUCCAAUGCAACCCAUGCCGGUCACACCACGAGACAUGUCUCUCUCCGCAGCGGCAGGCAUCCCACCGUCAUCCUUGGAUUUCCUGGCCAAUAUCUCCGCGCACCAUGCACGUACACCAACAGACAUGAAUCCAAUGAUGAUGGAUGAUCGACAGGCCUAUUUUGCGUGGAAUGAGGUGGCUCAAGCUGAUCAGAACACCGGCAGAGGGGUCAUGUUUGAUACUCCCAUGCCAAAUGAUAUGCUGCAAAUGUGGCUAGAACCCCGCGGGGACUCUAUCUCUCAUAAUGGUUCAUUGGAUAUCAUGCAAGAUCCCAAUUUCGGUUUAGUCGGGGAGAAUCUUGGGAUAUCUCCAGAAAGGGAAGAUAAACACUCGGUUGACAACGCCAAAUCUGGGGGACCUAUCCCUAAUGAGCGAUUUGCCAAAGUGCAGCGCUAUUGGGUUGCUCCUGCUAGCAAUACCGGCCGCCUCAUGAACAGCUUAUGGCGAGACAUGGCUUGCAGUGAUGUUGAUAACAUUUUCACAUUACCCUUAGUGCAUCAAUUCAAUAUCCAGUCUGGCUCACCCGAGGGAUCACGAUAUGGCCUGGAUGAGGAGUGCAAACGAAACCUCCAAGCAGCAUUUUGUCAGCUUCAAGUUGCUAACCCACAAUUACAAAAUAAUGCAUUCUCUCCAGUUACAAGUGGCCCUGUGCCGGGGUCUUUCCCAAACUUCCCCCCAGCUGAGAUUUUAGACAUGGCACUUGAUUUGUACUUUCGCAACUUCCAUCCCCUUGUGCCAAUUGUGCAUCUUCCUACUUUCUACGCGAAGAAGACACGCCUUCCAAUGCUCUAUGUCAUGUGUCUCAUUGGAAUGAUGAUGCUAGAAACAAAAGGAACGACAAACUUUGUUUUCAUGAACUUUUCCUUUGUACUUGAAAAAGUGACAGCACAACUGGCAAGAUGCUCCGUUGGUGUUGAGGAUUCCUUGGGCACUAUGUGUACCUUUGCAACAACAUUUCUGUUCCUCAAUCUUGCUGCAAUGACUGGGGAAAAAGGGCAUCUGGAAAAAUGCCAGAUGUUAUAUGUAAAUCUUAUCUCUAUUGCACAACGGCAUGGACUUUUUGCAGCAACUGAAGGCCAACUACUUGAUAUGAGCCUUUUUGAAGCGGUCCCUGACAUAGAUAUGAGAUGGAAAGCAUGGAGCAAGAUAGAAUCUGCCAAGAGGCUGAUAACGGGGCUCUUACUACUUGACUCGUGGUAUUCAUCUUUCUUAUCCACGAGUCCCAUCGUCGUACCCGAUUCCAUACAGCUUAUCCACCCAUGCAGCGAAGCUCUGUUCCGAGCCGACUGCUCAAUGCGAUGGAUGCAGCUGAUUCGCAGUGGAAAGCGGAUUUUGAUGCCCACUGUUGUCGCCCCAUCUGAGAAUACCCCUAUGCCACCACUAGACUUUCCUGCUGAUGAUUUCUGCAUACAUGGAGUACUGGCAAUGGUUCAGCUUCGACUCUCUGAAGCAUAUCAUCGUCUUCUGUCUAACCGUGCAAGUUAUCCCUUUGCUCCCUGUCACACUUAUGCAAUGGAUGGCCGUGCGAGGUGUCUGCCAUCUCUACAAGUACAGAUUAUUAGCCAGUAUGGCGAAUCCCUGGAACGAUUAAACCCCAAUGCAAUCGUGAUGUGGCAUAACAUGUGCAUGAUGCUCACAGCAGAUAUUCAAAUCUUCAACUUUGCCGCAGGACGGGCGGGUCCAAAUCCUGCCCGCAAAGCUCUCCAUGAUAUCUCAUCGUGGUCACAAACACCUGCAGCUCGGAGAGCUUGCUUACACGCAGCUCACAUAUACAGAGCUAUGACCGAUCGCAAAACCUCAGAUAAUACCAUGUUCCAUUCGGUGUUUUCGCUGUUUUCCGCUGCCCUCGUGUUGGGGCUGUACACAUUCAUGGUACCCAACUCCACCGAGCCGCACAUUGGAGGUUCUUCGAUCGAAUUGCUGAAUGAUAUCGACUGGACGGAAGUGGAAACGGAAGGGUUUACCAAUUUUAUGGAGCCUCGAGGCAGUCAUGCAUUCACGCUUACUGGUAACCCAGCUGUCAAUUUCAUCAGGAACGGUGGGACAGUAUACCUUCGAGGUGUUCCCUUCCAGGGGGGAUACCAGUCUGCGCGGCGCAUUCUCCUGGAUUAUGCAAGUCUCCUCAAAGAUGCCGGCAAGUGGAGUGUGCGAAAAUAUUCAUAUGUGCUUCACAUUAUGAGUGAUGUGCUUAUGGAUGUGGAGUGA